AUCGGAAACAAAAGACACAGACAAGUUGAAGCCUAAUUUCUUCGAAGCAGUUGGAUUGCUUAUGAAUUGGCCUGCUCAAUCUCAGGGGAAAUGGGACCCAGGUAAAUAUCCUUCACCGUCGCCGUCAAGGGGUCAUCCCUCUUUCUCCUCUGCAUCUGGGGUUUCGUUUUUGUGCCAAUUUCUUCAGAAUAACUCCUCUUCGACAUGAUUUCUAAGACCAUAUGUUAUUCCCCGUUUCUCUCCAUUACCCCACGAGAAGCCUCACCUGACUUUUCCAGAGUUUUUCCAAGAACCCCAGUUUCAAGCUUCACUAGAUUUUCAUUGGUGCGGAAAUCCCUUUGCUUUCCACAGGGAUUCUGCGUGUUCGGAGAGAAAAUUCGGGUCCUCAAUGCUUGGAGCGAAGAAGGGUCUUUGCAGGGACUCGAUGACUCUCCUGUGGCGGUUGAGCUUGAGCCCAUUUGCAGCGAGAGCCAGUUCGAUCAAGUUAUUGGAGAGGCUCAACAACUUGAGAGACCCGUGAUUAUAGUUUGGAUGGCAAGCUGGUGCAGAAAAUGUAUAUAUUUGAAACCUAAAUUGGAAAAGUUGGCAGCUGAAUAUCAUCCAAGAUUGCGGUUUUAUUGCAUAAAUGUCAACAAUGUUCCACACAAGGUCGUUGCUUGUGCUGGGGUCACUAAAAUGCCAACUAUUCAGGCAAGGCUCAUUUCAAUAUCAAUGUGCUUAUUUUUGAAUUGUUUACCUUAUGCAAAUGGUCUACGGUUGUAAACAAGCCACGAAAGCCAUGUAGCAGCAAGUUGAUCUUUGAUGAAGCGUGCUUGUGUUGUCCAUCUUCAUGGUUGAAACAUUGGUCUACAUUUAAUCAGCAAAAGGUUUUCUUAUUUAACGUUUUGCUGGUGUUACAUGUGCAGUUUUGGAAGGACGGUAAGAAACAAGCUGAGGUGAUUGGUGGCCACAAAGCAUACCUAGUCGUCAACGAAGUUCGUGAAAUGAUCGAAAAUGAAUACAGCACUUGAGAUACGUUACUGAAACAGGCUUUCUUACACCAAUUCUUGUUCCUCCUCUUGAGGCCUUCAUGUUGUCCGGUUUACAUUAAAAACAUAUAUGUAAUUUUUUUCCCUGACAAAAUAAUCUCAGCAAAACCACACUUUUGAAAGAAAUGAAAUUGAAAGCCAGGA